UUCAAUUUAAAAAAAAUUAAAAACCCAAACCCUAAAAUAUCUCUGCGGGAGAGCAUCAAACCUGAGUCAGUGUUUUUUCCUGUCUUCUUUUCAUCUCUUUGUUUCAAAGACGGGAAACGAAGAAAAGCAUAAAGUUAAUGAAGUUAGGGGUUAGAAAUGAAGAAGGAAAAAUCCUGCUGAGUUCAUUCUUGCCAUCCAAACCAAUUUCUGUCGGCUCAGUUCAAGCUUCACAAGUAUCUGAUGUAGAAAGAACCACACCUCCUUGGGCUGCUUCUGGUGGUACUCAUCUUUUUCGGCCAUCUCUUAGGGACAUUCAGAUGCAGCAGGUACGCGAAGUUACUGCACUCCUAUAUCUCCCUGUCUUUGCAGCAUAAAUGCAUCCGUAACUUGUUUCAUCAUUUAUAGUAUUUUAUCCGCAUUUCCUCCUUGAAUUACAUUUUCAUCCCAUUCCAUUCCAUGCAAUGCAUCUUGAACUGCGUUAUGCGGCUCAUUUCCGCCAUUUGCAGGACUCACUUCUUUUUCUUUCUUUCGGUCUGUUCAACUAAAAGCAGGAAAACAACUGCACAGUCUUUCUCACAGUCCAAAAACCAAAGUGAGUGGGUGUCCAACAGCUACUGGUCAAGAUUCGCCAUUGGAUUCCCCUGCAAUGAGUCGCUGGUUCAAACCCGAGGUUGAAGCAACUUCUUCUAUUAGAUCGAUUCAGAUUGAAGAGAGGGCUAUGAAGGAUCUCAAACGGUUCUACAGCAGUGUGUUAAAAACAAGUCGUAAGCUAAGAGGGCUAAAUGACAAAGAUAUUUAGCUUUUUCCAGGCAACUGCUGGUCUGAGGGCAUUAGGAGGCGAGGCAUCUGAUAAAAUUUUGCAAUCGGUUAGGGAACUUUUGAAAAGUAGAAGCACCCUUAAAUCCGAGGCAAAUGGGGUCAAAAUUCUGGACGGCUCUCAAGAAGGUUCUUAUGAGUGGGUGACAAUAAAUUACCUACUAGGGAAUUUGGGAAGGACAUAUCAAGACACAGUUGGCAUGGUUGAUCUUGGUGGUGGAUCUGUUCAAAUGGCGUAUGCCAUCUCCAAGAAUGCUGCUUCAAGAGCUCCAAGUUUACCAGCUGGACAGGACAAUUAUGUAAAUGAAAUGUAUCUCAAGGGAUCAAAAUAUUACCUCUAUGUACACAGUUAUUUGCACUAUGGCUUACUGGCAGCUCGAGCAGAAAUUUUGAAGGCCACUGAAGAUUCUGGCAACCCUUGCAUCUUGGAGGGUUUUGAUGGUUGACCAGCUAAUUGGAAAAGAUCAUCUUUUCAAACGCAGUAUUAUUUUGAUCAAGGCCUGGUGCUAUUAGGAGAGCCGAAUCCUUGGUGCACACCAUGGCUUGAUUUCUACAUAUGCAUUAGAAACAAUGAUUUUAUAUAUCAUUAAUGUCUUUCAUUCAUCCUUAUUUUGUUCUUUUUGUAUUUUGUUAGAUUUCUGGUGUAGUAUUAUAAGUGCGGUAUUUUGUUUGGCGGGAUGUAUUUAUAUCAUAGAUUAUUCUUCUUCUCAAUAUUUUGAUAAUGAAUUUUAAUUUUUUUUAUAUUUUUAAGGACUUUUACAAUGUUUUAUAA